AUGACGGAACAACCGUUUAAAAUUGACUUUUAUGCACCCCCGUCACGGGAUAGUAACCAGUUGUAUGGCAAAGUUGACAUCGAUACAAAAUGGUAUUUCGCUAGGAGACUAUCCGUAAAAGAGCUACUUGUAUGCGCAGUCCAAAAGAGAGGAAGAAGCCUGACGAUCCAAGUCACUAUUGGUGCUCAGUACCUGAUGACGAUCCAUGUCACUAUUGGUGCUCAGUACCUGAUGACGAUCCAUGUCACUAUUGGUGCUCAGUACCUGAUGACGAUCCAUGUCACUAUUGGUGCUCAGUACCUGAUGACGAUCCAUGUCACUAUUGGUGCUCAGUACCUGAUGACGAUCCAUGUCACUAUUGGUGCUCAGUACCUGAUGACGAUCCAUGUCACUAUUGGUGCUCAGUACCUGAUGACGAUCCAUGUCACUAUUGGUGCUCAGUACCUGAUGACGAUCCAUGUCACUAUUGGACGAUGGAUGGCAGUGUUAGUAAUCAGUGUUCUCUCUCAUGCAAUUCAUGGUGCUCCUGACAAUAGAGGAAACGAGUUCAUAAUUGGUUUCAUGGAAAAUUUGGGAACCUCCACUGAUGUCGAAGUCUUUGUUACGACCACGCGUACAGUAACCGUUAACGUCAUUGUCACUACGCCCCGAUACUCCUCGUCCAUCAACGAACAAUUCAGCGUCAAAGCUGGAGAGGUCAAGCAACUUUUUUUUCCACCCGAAAUCCGACCGACCAGCAAUAGUAAAGUACCUAAUGCCGUACACGUGAAGGCGGACGACGACGUCGUAAUAUACGCCGUGAACAAAGAAAUGUUUUCUAACGAUGCGUAUCUGGGCAUUCCGGUGGACGUUUUGGGAAAAGAGUACUAUGCCGUUACUUUCUACCCACCAACACGGCAGUGCGAGCUAAUGAUAGUUGGAAUUGAGGAUGGAACCACCAUUAAAAUAAGAUUUCCCGCCAAAAUGCAGCAGUCGGUCUCGUGGAAUGGACAUUCUUAUGGCGCCGGGAGUACCCUAAUGGGGACCGUUGAUCGCUUUGACACAUGGCAGCUGAUUUCAAAAGGAGACCUAACGGGAGCAUACAUCGCCUCCGACAAAAAAAUUGGCGUUAUCAGUGGAAACAAGAGAACAGAAAUUGGGAGAGGGUAUAAUUCCGAUCACUUAUGCGAAAUGAUGGAUGACAAGGAUGGCCUGAAAGUUGACGGGACCUCUUUCCCCUCUUCCACUGUUUAUCACCAGGUAACACACAAUGGGAUCACUUACGCUGCAGGCUACAUCGAGGUUGCAGAGGGUACACACACUGUGCGUCACGAUUCUCCAAUCAAAGUUUUUGGUGGAUAUCUAUACGGAAAAGCCAAGUAUGAAACCUACGCCUUCUCAACCGGAACUCGACUUGCUCCCAUCAACACACCAUGCGAUCUAACAACCACUGAGAUUGGUGAUGGUUUAGACAAUGACUGCGACGGUUUGAUUGAUGAAGAAGCCUGCUGGGACAGCAACACAGAUGAUGACGGUGAUUCGAGAGAAGAUGAGGACUGUGCAACUCCGCCACUAGUUGAUGGUAAAUGGGCAGACUGGAAUCAGUGGAGCGCAUGCUCAGUAACAUGCUUCUCCACCACUGGUGCGAGCAACAAUGGUUUUCGAUCCCGAGAAAGAACGUGUACAAACCCUGCCCCAGCGUACGAUGGAAAGCAGUGUGUCGGUCAGAAGUCGGAGGUUGAAGCUUGUUUAGUCACCAAUGUAGAUAUAUAUUGCCCAGACAGUACUAGAAGUUGCAAGGACAUUUUGGAUCUUGAUCCAGCCACAAAAGGAGAAGAUGGUGUAUAUAAUAUACAUUAUGGAGGUCAGAAAAAGGAAGUGCUCUGCGAUAUGACUACGGGCGGAGGGGGUUGGACGAUGAGUUAUGGAAUUCAAUGA